AUGACUGGCUUUGGAUCUCCCUGUGGUGCUUGCAAGUUCUUGAGGAGGAAAUGUGUGAGGGGUUGUGUUUUUGCCCCUUACUUCUGCCAUGAACAAGGACCUUCCCAUUUUGCAGCCAUUCAUAAGGUUUUUGGGGCUAGCAAUGUCUCCAAACUCCUUUCACAUAUUCCUGUGGCUAAUAGAUCUGAAGCUGCGGCCACCAUUGCCUAUGAAGCUCAAGCCAGGCUUCAAGACCCCAUUUACGGUUGCGUUUCACAUAUUUUUGCUCUCCAAAAACAGGUAAUGACUCUCCAAGCACAACUAGCAUCUAUGAAGGAACAUGCAUCUACUACCCUUAUUAAUGGUCAAGGCAAUUGCUGGCCAACACAAGAUUCUAACAAUAUGGUACCCCGGUCAUGCGAUGAUUUUUCUAACUUGAUAUUUGGUUUGAACCAUGGAAUCUCGACCACCAAUCAAAAUACCUCAAUUGGAAAUGAUUAUGGCCAUAUGGAAUAUCAAAGUUUUCAUCAACAAGAUGAAAAUACCUCUUCUUUUGGUAGUUUUGAGGAGGCUUCUCAUUACUCCAUGGAUUCUCUUGAGCAAGAUAUAGGAGGAAUAAACGAACGCCAGUGGCCUACUUUUCAUGACGACUCCGAUGAACUUCAAUCGAUACCCUUUCGCUAUAUUCACCAUUGA